AUGCCUGAGCGUUUGGAUGGUUACUUGGAUGGAUAUCAGGAGAAGGGAAGAGAUGAUAUUGCCUUCCGAGCCAUUUAUGAAGGCUAUGCGGGUGGGCUUAUUUCUAAGCUAGUAGUGGAAGGAGUCUAUUUAUUGUUUUCAACUAAUUUGGAAAGGAUCGCUUCCAGUAUGACUUCCGAGAAUACGGUAUCUUGUGAUGCGAAGGAAGGCGAAGAAGGAAGCUGGAACAUAGAACGACCAACCGACGUGUUCAUCGCUGCUGCUGCUGCUGCUGCUGCUGGUGGUGGUGGUGGCUUGAAGUGUUUUGGCACGGACCAUUUCGAUUUUCCUGGCAUUGCUGCUGCCUAUUGGAGGAAUUCCCAGACCAAGAAGCUCUGA